AAUGAUCAGAAGAGUCUUUGGGGAUUUUAUAGAUCUCAUCUGAACAACAGAAAGUCCAAACAGCCUCACUGGUUCUCCAUAAAGAACAAAGAUUUGCUCUCUGUGGCUCCAACACAACUUAAAGACAAUCAAAGAGAAAGCAGAUGGAUUAUACCAACCUCACACUUUUUAUCUUUCUAUGGAUUUUUGUUCCAUCCUGAUGAUCAGAAGAGUGUUUGAGGAUUUAAGACUUUCUUAAGAACAACAGUAAAAACCACAAAAACAUCAUAGCUGCAUCUGGACAGGACGUCACUCUGACAUGUCGAGCUCCAAACAACAACAUCAUGAGCAGCAUCCAUCUUUUAAGAACCGGGUGGAUCUGCAGGACAGACAGAUGAAGGAUGGAGACGUGUCUUUGAUUCUGAAGGAUGUGACGAUUAAUGAUGCUGGAACAUAUGAGUGUCGUGUCGUCCAGGAAGUAGAAGGACCUAUGACUCUAAUCAGCAGCACCAACCUGGUUGUUGAUCCUCCAGAUCAAAAGAACAUCACAGCUGAGUCUGGACAGGAUGUCAUUCUGACAUGUCGAGCUCCAAACAACAACAUCUCAAUCACUGCUGUGAAGUGGAGCAGAACUGACCUGGGAGAUAAAAAUGUUCUUUUGUACAAGGAUAAUAACUUUACUUCAGAUAACCAGCAUCCAUCUUUUAAGAACCGGGUGGAUCUGCAGGACAGACAGAUGAAGGAUGGAGACGUGUCUUUGAUUCUGAACAAUGUGACGAUUAAUGACACUGGAACAUACGAGUGUCGUGUCUUAAUGGAGAAAACACAAUCAUGGGAGUACAGCGGCAGCAUCCAACUUCAUGUUGUUGAUCCUCCAGGUCAGACAGGAGGACACACAGAGGAUGGAUCGGUUGGACUGAUUGUCGGUCUCAGUGUUCCUGCUUUGCUUCUUGUUGCUGCUGUUGUUGGAUUUAUGAUCUUCAGGAGGAAACAUGCUAUAAUCUUUGUUUUUGUCCUCCUGUAUAAUGUUGUACAGCCUGCUUGAGGGAUAUCCUUUUGUGACUCCUGCAGCUGGGUCACACAGAGGUCCACAGCGCUGUGUAAACGUGUAAUUUCAAGGUACUUUAGUCUUCAUGUUCACAUAUUGUUGGAUU